AUGUCUGAAUUCGACAAGUAUACUACACCACUUUCGUCGCGUUAUGCGUCUAAAGAAAUGUCUGAAAUCUUCUCUUUGAGGAACAGAUUUUCGACCUGGAGAAAGCUUUGGUUGAACUUGGCUAUUGCUGAGAAAGAAUUGGGAUUGAGUGUUAUCACAGACAAGGCCAUUGAAGAAAUGCGGGAACAUUUAGCUAUCACAGAUGAAGAGAUUGCUCAGGCUUCUGCUCAAGAGGCGAUUGUCAGACACGAUGUGAUGGCUCACGUGCACACUUUUGGUCAGACGUGUCCCGAGGCCUCUGGUAUCAUUCAUUUGGGGGCCACUUCCUGUUUUGUCACCGAUAAUGCUGACUUGAUCUUCUUGAGAGACGCUUAUGACUUGAUCAUUCCUAAGUUGGUGAAUGUUAUCAACAGACUGUCAGAUUUUGCGCUGAAAUACAAGGAUUUGCCUGUUUUGGGCUGGACGCACUUCCAGCCAGCUCAGCUGACCACUCUGGGUAAGAGAGCCACGUUAUGGAUUCAAGAGCUAUUGUGGGAUUUGAGAAACUUUGUUAGAGCAAGAAACGACAUCGGUCUUCGUGGUGUGAAGGGUACGACCGGUACUCAAGCGUCUUUCUUGGCUCUUUUCCACGGCGAUCAUGACAAAGUGGAGGCGUUGGACAAGAGAGUUACCGAGCUAUUGGGCUUCGACGUCGUCUAUCCAGUCACUGGUCAGACCUACUCCAGAAAGAUCGACAUUGACGUGCUAUCCCCAUUGUCUUCGUUUGCAGCUACCGCUCACAAGAUGGCUACCGAUAUCAGAUUGUUGGCUAACUUGAAAGAAAUGGAGGAGCCGUUUGAGAAAUCACAGAUUGGUUCGUCAGCCAUGGCAUACAAGAGAAACCCAAUGCGCUGUGAACGUGUCUGCUCUUUGGCCAGACACUUGGGUUCACUGUUCAAUGAUGCCGUGCAAACUGCCUCUGUUCAGUGGUUUGAAAGAACUCUAGACGACUCCGCUAUCAGAAGAAUCUCUUUACCAAGUGCUUUCCUAACCGCUGAUAUUCUUUUGUCCACUUUGUUGAACAUAUCUUCCGGUUUGGUUGUUUAUCCAAAAGUUAUCGAGAGGCGAAUCAAGAGCGAAUUGCCAUUCAUGGCCACUGAAAACAUUAUCAUGGCUAUGGUGGAAAAGGGUGCUUCUAGGCAGGAAGUUCACGAGAACAUCAGGGUGCUGUCUCAUCAAGCUGCUGCCGUGGUCAAAGAGCAAGGUGGCGACAAUGACCUAAUUGAACGCAUCAAGAACGAUGCUUUCUUCGCGCCAAUCCAUUCUGAACUUGAUUCUCUGCUAGAGCCAUCAACGUUCGUUGGCAGGGCUCCUCAACAAACCGAAAAAUUCAUCAAGAACGAUGUCAAGAACGCUCUGCAGCCAUUCGAAAAGUACAUUAAUGAUGCCGACGUUAAACUGAAUGUGUAA